GUUGUACUUUUAUAAAAGCCCCUCCCCCACCUGCUCGUCAAAGUACUUCAGCCUCUGUUUUCUUCAAAUUUUUUGGUGACUUGCUGUCAAUUCACUUGCGCAAACUGAGUCAGUCCCGUAUCUUGAAAGUUCUUCUUUAUUACCUUUUCUCAGUUGUUACUCCUCCGCGGCAGCGGCUAUAACAGAAGUACCGAUGCCCCGACAACCAAAGCUCCGUCCCAAGACGAAUAUCCCCGGUCUACCAGUGAAUCUAUAUAAUCUCACUGCGGUAGCGCAACUCUCUGAGCUUGAAUGCCAACAAGAAAUGGAGGAAAAACCACAGCGCGUGUUCCGGGUCAAGCGCAAGCAUGUCCUGAAGGCUUGUGACCGGUGCAGGAUCAAGAAGACCAAGUGUGAUGGAAAGCAACCCUGCAACCGCUGCGCCGCGUAUAAUCAUCCGUGUCUGUUCCGGGAGAGAAAGGCUACUCAGACGAGGGUGUACUCCAAGGGCUACGUUGAACUUCUCGAAUCCAACUUAUCCAUGGCCGUCAAAGGCCUCCAAGGCCUCUACAGAAUCUGCGCUGACAAUCACUGCUUCCCCGGCGACCCCCUACAAAUGACCACCGACGGCCACCCCCUAACCCACGACAUUCUCGAUCGAAUGGGCAUCAUCAGGCAAGCCGAAGAGAUCCCUGAAGACUCGAAUGAAGAGCUCGAAGACCUGCAGUAUCUACGGUACCUCUCGAGCAACUCGACCGACAGUGCAACGACCGAUCCGUCUCCGGAGCCUGCUACGCCCUCCCAGCCGACCUCCAGCAUCUGCAGCCCUGUCGAGUCUCUGCACAAGCCAUUCAAGUGGGAGGUUGACAUGCUUCCAACCCAGGCGGAACCACAGCAGCAGCAGCAGCGGCAACAGAACUACCAAUACUCCGGCUACUCGGGUGCAAGUUACCAUACUCCCCAACAACACCAGCAAGGCCUGAUAAUGCCCCGGCUCUCCCUCGACACAACCGUCAGCUUGGAAAAUGACAUCCCUUCAUGCACCAGCACCUGCACGAGCGCCACCCUUCCCUCUGCGGCGGCCAGUCACCACGACACCCCGCUCGCGUCUCCGUAUACGUACUACGCGGGAGACCCAAACACCCGCAUUCAUCCCCCAAUGAUGCUGCCCACGGGAAUAGACACGAAUCCUCAUACUCAGUCUCAGCCUCACGCUCAGACGGCGGCAGCUGGUCUGCCCCUUGAUAUUUUGAAUGCGUAUCAGCAGCAUCUUUCUACUUUGCAAGAGCAGCAGCAACAGCAGCAGCCGAUGUAUGCUGCUGUUGCGACGGGCUGGACUUUUUCGUUAGAUAGAUAGUUGUAUAUGUCUUUAUCUAUCUUGUUUAUUUUGUUUUUUGUUUCUUUUUUCAUGUUAUGUCAUAGACAUGACUUACGAGUUACGCAUAACGAUUUGUUUCGCCUGACUUUUUUUUUUUUUUUUACCUUUUCGAUUCUUGAUCUUGAUUCAAUUUCGUUGAGAUACCACCAUCGCACAUCAAUCAUUUGCAUGGCAUGGCCGGGUUUGAUACCCUUUGCUUUUCUGAUAUUGAUUUCAGGAGUUUAUCCUUUAUGUUUUCGGGAGUUCUGUCUGCAUUAUGUUCAUUCGUUAGAUAUCACACCACCAUACCCCUGGUUAGGAUAUGAGAUAUGAGAAAAUGAAAGAAAACUUGGACGUUGUCCAAUAUCUGCGGUUUUGUUUUAUGCCCUAAAGAUCAUUUUCUUGGCAUGUAUUUAUAUAUUAUGUACUUUCUAGAUAUGCA